UAUAAAACCCAAAAAUGUGAUCUUCGUUUUCUUGAAAUAAUUUUAUUUGGGUUUUUGGUGCAAACAAAUAUGCCUACAAGAGCGAUGUGCAAAGUCGAUGUUAGAGAAGAAGAAGAAGAAGAAGAAGAGUUUAAGGAUGUUAGAGAGAAAGAAGAGGAGCAAGGUUCUUAUGCCAUGGAAGAUUUGGAGGAAGCUUUGCCAAUAAGGAGGGGGCUUUCGAGGUUCUACAACGGGAAAUCGAGGUCGUUUGCGAACCUAGCCGAUGCACUCAAGAUCAAAGACAUACAAGAAUUGGCCAAACCGGAUUAUUUCCACAUCUACAAGAUGAGGAAACCGCGCAAAAACACGCUCGCGCCCAGGCUCGAUGGGGGCGCCAUAUCGAAGAGGCCCACGACCUCCGCCACCAAUUUGGCUCUGGCCAUGGCUAUGAGCAACUCGGAGAGCGAAUGCAACUCUCCAUGCAACUAUGUUUAACCAUUGGAUUGGCGGAUCGAAAUUUUGCAUAGCUCAACCCAUUAUUUUACUCAAUAUUAUGCAUUUAAUCGAGCAUAUAAUUAAUAUAAAGUACUAUGAAAAUUUGCUGUGGAA